AUGGUUUGUUCAAAUUCAAUAGCUUUUCCCAUUAAUGAAAAUUUAUACUUCAACGUUAAUAAAACUGCCAUUGCACAAACUAGAAAAGUGUUCAUGACUUUUGAUAUAUCAAACCUUAAAGAUCCUCCAAUGCCCCCUAAUUCUGUUUGUGUAUACCAUCUCGACCUUCUUGAAAAGUCAAAAUUCAAGGACCUCGUUAUUCACUCAUCGCCUCGCUCAGAAUCAGCUAGAGCAACAUUCCUAUCUCGAGGAAAAUCUUCUGUGAGUAAUUUAAGUGGCAUCUAUGACCAAAUCCUAAAGGCAACACAUGUUACCUACUAUCAAGGUCAUUAUGUUGCUUUGUUUAUGCUUGGUAGUGAAAGAUGGCAAUGUGAACCGUGUUCUCCAAAUAAGUGUUACAAGCAAGCGUUUAAUGCAAUUUACAAAUAUACAGAAUCAAGUACGUACAAAAAAUUAGAUUGUGUUGCUGAAAGUGGAUGCUCAAAUUCAGUGUUUCAGUGCAAUGUUGAUUCGAGAUUGUGUUUUUACACGCAAACUUAUGACAAUGGAGAGAAAACGAUAGGGUUCCUUGCAACGGAUAUUAUCACAUUUGUAGGUGACAAUACACAAGCCAGGAUUACCUUUGGAUGUGGCGUAAAUCUAGUGAGUGGUACUGGUCAAUUUGCUAAUACAUAUUCUGGGAUUAUUGCACUUGGCAAAAGACUAAGUUCAAGAAACCCCGGGAUAUAUUCUUUGCCAUCACAACUAGGGAGUAAUUUGUUUGCGUUAUGUCUCCCCACUGCAGAAGCUGCCACUGGAUCUUUCUUGACGUUUAAUAAAGCUCCAUGGGUAUAUGGUACAGAGGCAAAAAUUUUGAAAAAUCGACAAGAGCCUCACUAUUACUAUGUUAAUCUUUACAAGAUUUUUAUCAACGAUGAGGAAAUUCCCGUGGAUCCUACAUGGUGGAAUGGUCAAAAAGAGGAUCAUGGUGCCUUUGUAGACACGGGUACAUUGAUAUCGCGAUUUCCUCAUGAUUAUUACAUUAUUUUUCGAUAUGCAUUCAGAGCACAAGUGCAUUAUCCAUUGUAUCAACAUAGUAUUGGGGGUGUAUUUGAUACUUGCUAUAAAGAGAUAGAAGGGGAAGAAGAAAUACAAUUCCCAAGUGUAAGGUUAUUUUUUGGGAAUGUUAGUGUUACACAAGAGUUGAG